GUUUGAACAGUCCUAGAAAACGCUGGCAAAGCAGCAAAGCAGCAAAGCAGAGUUUCAAAGCAGCUGACUUUGUUCCUGCAGCUGCAGGAGGCAUCGAUACACCCUGGUGCCACCGUAGUCGGCGUAGAAGAGUUGGCGCUGUCACAUUUGCCGCAGGGUUACGUCGAACUGGCCGACUCCCAAUUAGGUAGAGCCAUUGGUUCCCUCUUGAACGAGCCUGCCACACAUGCUGCAGUCUCCUUAAGGAAGUACUUGAUUGAAGUGGAAAUUACUUUAACUUCGGUUCUAGUUUUGGAGCUACAUGGAUGUGUCGCAGAUCAGCUGGACAGUGGAGGAGAUUCUCCCAGAGGAUGAAGAAGACAGGGGCAAUGUGCCUGUCUAUGCUGCAGACAUCCCAGAACCAAAGCUGGCAAGUCCUAUAUUGAGGGCUCUUGGCGACGCUCACCCGCUGCCACGGCUGACGCACGUGAAGAGGAUUCGGAAGACACAAGGUCCAGACGGUGCGCCAAGGAUGUCGAUCGUCCUUUGCCCGGUGGCAGAAGCUGCGUCAAGGUUCGGAAGCGAGCCCGUCGUCCUUCCGGACGCUGUCGCAGCUGUGUGUGAGAAGUACGGCCUGAGCCCCUUCCUGGCAGAGGUUCCGGGGCGGCCUGCCAGAACCCUCGAAGAGAGCAAAGACGAUUGCCAGGUCUGGCCCGUCACGUUUCACCCAAAUAGAGAAGGGGCGGGCCCUGUUAAAGAGGAGCUGUCCGAAGAGGACCUGCGCGCGAUGUGGCGGUUCAUGCAGGCGGCGCUGAAGGAGGCAAAGAAAGCGGCGGACUGCGGACAGCCCGCCAACGGCUGCGUCAUUGUAGACCCCGCCACGCAUCGCAUCGUCGCGUCCGGAUUCGACCACAGCGGCCGUCCCUCGGGACACUCCGCCACAAUGCCCAAAGGCGCCCUCCUAAAACGGCCGCAGCCCAUCAUCUCAAAUCCGCCACCUGUAAGGCCGUCACUAGAUACGGCCGAAUCUUCCUUGGCAGCUAGCGCGACUCCCUCGGCACCGUCCGAUAAUACGAUCAUCGGCGGUCGUCCUCUGGACGGCGCGUGUUGCGCUCAACCGUCAGAGCCGUCCGUUAGGGUGAUCCACGGCGGAGAUGCUUCGGAACGCGCAGGCCCGUCGAAAUUGCCGUCAGCUAAAGGAUGUAGGAUACAAUGGCACCCGCUGAAGCACGCGGCGAUCGUGGCCGUCGAUGCGUGCGCGCGGGCAGAUCACGAGCAGUUUCCAGACUUCGGCCGCCACAGCGUUGAGCGGAGUAGAGAACUAGAACGCGAGCAAGAUGCGGACGGCUCGCAGCCCGCGGCUUCCGUCUCGAGCAUUCAAGAACGAAAACUAGAUCAGGGCUCUCUCGUCGAAAAUCGGUCGACAAGGACAGUUACAGAAAGUAACGUAACAGAAUCCCGUAGUGAGAGACCGUUAGGCAAAACACCCGCGGACAUCGGAGAAGAAGUUGCCGAAAACGACGAGAAGAGGCGGAAGCUGGGCUCCUCCAGUCUGGACGAUACGGGGGCCCGGGCGGGCGUGUUUGCGACUAAGCCGUAUCUUUGCACCGGUUUCGAUGCAUACCUCGUGAGGGAACCCUGUACAGUGUGUGCAAUGGCGUUGGUCCACAGCCGUAUUCGACGGGUUAUAUACGGCAUCAGUAACUCACGAACGGGGGCCCUUGGGGGGCGCUACAACUUGCAGACGAAAAAGAGCCUUAACCAUCAUUACAAGGUCUUUUGCAUGAAACUCCACGAGAGUGAGGUAAAGAAGGCACUGUGUUGACAAUUUGUUCAUGGAGGGCGUGAUUCCACGCCAUAUUCGCGGACAGUAUCAGCUCAUAAUGUACUUGAAAGGUGCUUGAAAGCAAGUACUGGCAUCACGUGGU